AUUGUGAAGCAAUCGGUGAAAAAGGGAGUGAGAGCGAAACGAGUCUCAUUUUCUGUUUGAAUGGAGGAGGUGAGCGAGGGAGCGCGUGCUAGUAUUAGUCUUGAGACCAGUCGCUAGGCCGUGAUUAUUUGACUGAUUAACCCCCCGCAGACCUGGAUCACGGCUAGUACAUGGUGAGCCACAGCCUCGCUCGCACGAGUAUCGCUCUCCGCUCUGCCCACCGCGGCAAAAUGGUGAAAGGUAAACGAAGAACAGUCCGCAGCAGCAAAGAUGAGAACACUGUUAUUAAUCACCUGGAUGGGCCUAAGGGACCAAAAGACUCGAGACUGGAAGCCAUGGUAGUCAAUGGCUCUUUAUUAAGCAGUAAAUUGGGUCACACAGGCACCAUAGCCAAGAGAGAAACAAAGAUGACUGCAUAUUUUUCUCCUUCCAGGUCUCCUCCAGCAGCUGACGAUGCUGAAGUUGAAGGUGCAACUGUCAUCCAAGAUAGCUGUAAAAUGGCUUCAGAAUUGACCAGUGCCCAGCUGAGCCGGCCUCGUCCAAGUUCAGCGCCAAGUACACCUACAAAAAUGAUGAAUGGCUAUAUUAGUGUUACAGACACAGUGGGUAUUCUCACCACACCUCCAAAGCGUACUGUAUGUACACGUAGUCAGGCGUUAAAAGAAGUGCAACUUAAGCCUUUUCCCACCUCUGACAACAAUGUAUCCGUUUCCUCAAAUGGCUCUAAGAGCUUAGUGUUAACGCAGUGUCCUGGUCAUGUUGAUGCAACAUCUACAGAUUCUGGUGUGCCUACAGUAUUAGCUGGAUCCACUUCACUUACCUCUUCACCUUUAUCUGCAGAAGAUAGCACUAGUCCUCACGCAGGCCCACCAACACCCCACAAGAUUCAGGCGCUUAAUGAGGAGAAACUGCGGCUAGAUUCUCCUCUUUCACCUUCAUCUGCUAUGUCCAAACUCAAACUGUCUCUCACGCCAAAGAAGCUUGCAUUCAAUGGCAAACCAACCAAAGCAAGAAAAAAGCUGCCCAUGCAAACCGGCACCAGAGGAGUACUGCAGAUCAAAGGCGAGAAAUCCUCCAAAAUUAAUACAUCAACAACAUUGCCAAAUGGAGAAGUUAAACCAGCUCUUCGUAACACUCAAAUGACUCAAUUCUUCCCUAUACGAAGAUCUGAGCGAAAACCAAAAACUACACUUAUCCAAGAACGUCAGAAGGAAAUAGAGGAGAGAAUUAAAAGCAACAAAGAGGAGGGUCUAAUGGUGAAAAAUUUUGGUGCCAAAGGACGUGGGGUAGUCACAACAAGACAGUUUGCCAAGGGAGAAUUUGUUGUCGAGUACAUUGGAAAUCUUAUAGAUGUGCGAGAAGCCAAGGAGAGGGAGAAGAUUUAUGCACUAGACUCGUCAAAGGGUUGCUACAAUUACUACUUUACUUUCCAAAACCAACAAUACUGUAUUGAUGCCACAGAAGAAAGUGGUUUCUUAGGACGGCUGGUGAACCACAGUCGUAAUGGUAAUCUGGUGACGAAAGCAGUGGAGGUCAGUGGUCAACCACAUUUAAUUUUGUUAGCUAAACGUGACUUGGAGCCAGGAACAGAGAUCCUUUAUGACUAUGGAGAUAGGUCGAAAGAGGCAUUGGAGCAUCAUCCAUGGUUGGCAUCGUGAUUUCUAGCUGUAGAGUAUUAGAAAUGUUUUCAUAACUAAUUUUCAUUGAUUUAUUUCGAGAUUCAUUGGGGUAAAUGUCAGAUGUUGUGAGCAGCUAUAGAUAGUUAUACCUAAAGAUUUCAAUAUGUGUUAUUUGCUGUAAAAAUAUAACGAGGGUUAUAUUGUAAAGUUGGACUUUGAAUUACAUUUCAUAUGAUGGAAAAAUUAAGAUUGAUAAUUUAAUUAAUUAUUGCACAUGAAUAUAGAAAAUUGUCAUUGUUGAAUAUCAAAAUUAAUUUUACUGUCAUUUAGUCAUACCUUAGGUAUAGCUGUUUCAGCUUUAGCAGUGAGAUUUAUCUUCCCCAUUGACCCUCUUAAUCUGUGAUGAAUUAAUGUCAUCUGUUUACUACUGCCAGUCACUGAUGUUCUAUAGUUGUACAUGACACAAAUAUGUUGAAUUCCCACCUCCUGUGGGUGUGGCAAGCAAGAAAAUUUAAUAUAUUGUAACUUAGAUAUGUAGAAUUUAUUUUAAAUUUCUACAGUUAUAAAAAGUCUCGUAGCAAAAAUGUAUUGUUAACAUAUUAGGAUUUUAACAACUGCUCAGUCCAGAAGAAACACUUAAAGACUCACAGGUAUAGAAUAGCAAGCUUGUCCUGUGAGAACUAAUAAGCUUUCCUUUUGAUGCUAGUAGAGACUGUUAAAGCUGGACACUUAUUGUUAUCAAGAAUAUUAUGACUAGAAUAAGCAGUUCAGAGUACUUCAGGAUUUUGUAGAUCACUUGUCAUUUAUAAAUUCAAAACUAUUGUACUUACUUUUGCUGGAGUUCAGCUUUAAGGAAGUACAAGUUGGUAGUGGUUCUGGAACGUAUCAUUCAGAACUGUUCCAUUAACCAAAAAAAAAAAAAAAAAAAAAAAAAUUAUAUAUAAAUUAUUAAAAGUUUAAGAGUGGGAUGACUGAAACAUGAUUUUAUUUAUUUGCUAUUGUACUGUGCAUCAUGCGCGUAUAAUACAUUUUAUACAUUAAUCUAAGCAUUUAUAUGAAAGACAUGCAAGAGGAGUGUCAGUAUUGAUCUCAUGUUUGCAUAGGUAGUGACUUCCUUCACCAUAUCGAUGAUUGGAUGUAUGGUACCCGUGUCUCAAAUAUCUGUAACCAAAUGGGGUUUGUGUGAAAAGGCUUGUUUAUUAGUUAAAAUUAUAUUUUCUUUAAAUGAUAAAAGCUAGUAAUUGACGAUUGAGUAGGUAAGAUUAGUUUGAAUCGUUAAAUUUUGUCCUACUCUUAGGAGAGUAAUGUAAUGUGUUGCCACAAGUUUCUCUGUUUUAAGAUUUAAAGAUUUGGAAUACCAAUUGAUUCUUUGCUUACCAGGCACACAAGUUCCUAUAACAGAUUCAGAUUUGAACAAAGAUAGAAUGUCCACCAGUUGAAUAUUCUUAUAAGCUUUGGAAAGAUAAAUUUAACACUACAAAAUAAGGAAUGGCAGAGCACCCAAGUAAUUGAGAGGUAAACCCAUCAUAUGAACCCAUUUUCUUGGGCUUAGUCAAGUCAUUUAACUUUUUCUUUCAAGGUGAUACAAUGUAAUUUGUAUUUAAUAUCUUUGAAGAUAUGUUUUUUGAGGAAAAUGUUUAAAGAUUUGUUAAUUUUGUCCUUCAGGAAUUCUUAAGAAAUAUAUUUUGUACCCUUGUGAUUAUAAAUCCUUUUAAUCUAGACAACCUUGUUAAAAAAUUUUUAAUAGAUCAUGCAAGUCCUGUGAGGAAAUCUUGUGUAAUGGAGAGAUUUACAUAAUUGAAACCUGCCAGUGGUGUAUCUUGUGCCGAACCUGAGUACAGAUGGAGAACUUGAUUUACAUCCAGCAUUUACCCCUUGGAAUUUGUACUUUAUUGAAUCAGGCUGAAUUAUUACUAUAAAGAUUUGUUCACUUCAAACUUAAAUAAUUUGUAUGAUUAUCUUGAAGGGGUAAAGCCAGGGUGUAAAUAGAAUCUGGUAGAGGUAGCAGCAGCAGCAGCAGUGUUGUCUUAGGAUGUGAUGGAUGUUUGGACGUAGCUGACAAUGUUGCUAGCAUCUGCUGACAAGUGUUUGAGCAUAGUUACAAGUGUUCAUAGCAUCUUGUGCAUUUAUCCAUGUGCCUUGAAGAGGACAUUGAUGUAGCUAUGCAAGGGAGCAGGUGAGCAACUUGUCAGUGACAUUGAUUUUGAUUUGUUAAGAUUUCCUUUUUAGUCAAAUAAUAGCAUUGCCAAAUAAUUUUAGGAAAAUUUCCUGUUUGGAAGUUCAUCUUUCUGGUCAGUUAGAAGAGUAUUCCUACAACCCAAUAAUUUAACUAAUUUAGGAGUUGAGUAUUUUACCAAGUGUGUUUGUCAGAAGCCCUCAGAUAUGGAAGGAGAGGUGCAGCUUAGAGAUUUCAUAGGUGGACAAGUGGGCUGCAAAGUUGAAUUGUGUGAAAAUUCUUAAAUGAUUGUCUGAAGUUUAAUAAAAAUGUUUAAUUAUGAAAUUUUUCUGCGCUGUGCUUCUCUUUAAUUAGUACAAAUUUAUAAGAUCCUUUAUUGAAAACUUAAUUUAUUUAACACUUUGGUAGUCUGGUGCCUCUGCGUGUUCCUGACAGAAAACGUUCCGGGCUCCCUGGGGCCCUACUAAGUGACAGGCAAAAUGUUGGCAAUGAUUUUGCAUUUUCUACGUUAUUUAUGUUAUUACUACAAAUUUUGUGUCGAUGCUCAUAAAUGAGUUCUCUAAAAAAAAUAGAUGCGAAAACAAAAGCAUAUUAAUAAUAGAAUAUGUGCGAUAUAGACAAAUGUUUAUGAACAUUUUAACAUUAAUUUAUUAUUUAUCCAAAAUAAAAAGUAAAAUGAUUGAAAUGUGUGCAUAUGAUCACAAUACUGCAGUAAAAAAAAAUAUUUUUUUUUUAAACUUUUCAAGAAAUUUUCAGUUGGAAAAAAUAUGUGCACUAGUAUGGACAGCCUGUGAUGUGAAAAUGCUUACAAUAAUGUUGCACUUUUUAAAUUACUAGUUAGGUUAUAACCACAAAUUUGGCAUCAAAAUGUUUUGAAAUAUAUUGUUUUAGAGUAUAGAUGCAAAAAUUAAAAUAUUUAAACGAGAUUAUGUGUGACCGCAAUGAAUAUAUGAAAGUGUCGUAAGUAAGGCCUCGUGAGCGAGCAGGAAGCUCUCUGAUCUGGUCAGUCCACUUGUGCCCUAGAUCAGGCAUAUCAAACUGAGGGUGCCCCGAGGGCCAUAUAGGUCACAUUUGUUAUCAUGAGGGCCACACAGGACAACUAAUUGCAGUUAUUUAAUAAAAACUAUUGCAGAAUAUUUUUUUUCUUAUAAUGUAGCAAAUUACCUUGUCCUUUGUGUGGGCCACAGGUGUGUGCUUGCAUAAGGCUACAUGUGGCCCAUGGGUCGCAUGUUUGACAUGACUGCCUUAGAUACACUGUAUAAACAAUAACAGCAACUUUCAUAAAUUUUCUGACUGUCUGAUAAAAAUAGAAUAUCACAAAAACUGAAACCCAAACUUUUGCAUCGGGUGAUACGUUUUAGUGGCAGUGAAACGUUUACUGUUGGAGUACGGAUGACACAUUUUGGCAUCGGAAUGCGAAAGUGUUAAAGUACAGUAUGUAGUUUUUCUUUGAAUCUCGGCGACAAAUCCCAGAAUAUCACUAAAUUAUUUGUUUAUUUGUAGUUUAAGAAAGUUGCCAUAAAAAUGUUGCUACAAUCGGUAAGAAAUGUUUAAAUAUAUUAUGUAAUAAAAACUGUAACUGCUUGAUUUAAGCAUCUGCAUUUUAUAUGGUUGAAUUACCCAUAAAUUGAAUUUAUGAAAGAUUCUAAGAUUUCCCUGCCUGGAUGGAAGUGAUGAAAGAGAAUUGUGUGAAAGAAUUUACUGUUAGUUACCUUGGAUAUUAAAAUAUAAUAAUGCAGAAAAAUAAAAGCAAAUAAUUUCUUCUCCUGGGUUAAUUUUCUAAGUAAUAUUUGAACCUGUUUGUGUUAAUAUCUUCAAACAUCCCUCAUUGGCAGUUAAGAUUAGUUCACUACAGUGAAUUGUACAUAGUACUGUUAUUUAAAAUGUAGGGCUGUUCUUUCUGACACUAUGCAUGAUUAAAGGGUGCAAAUAUUACUUCAUAAAGUUAGCAAAGAUCUAGAAGCUGUUGGUUUUUGCAGUAAUUUCAAUAUAUUCUUUGGAACUAUUUGUUUGUAUAGUUUUUCACAGCUAAAAUUUUGCAAAACAAUAUUGUGCACAUUUGUAAUUGCUGCAAAAUAGUUCUUGAACAUCUUUUACACUAAAUGAAAGUGUAAAAUUACUUUUACACUAAGUAAUGAAUUUCUUAGGUUUUACAUAGGCCAAGGAUUAUUAUCCAAAUUUUGUGGCAGGUGUUUCAUAAUCGGUCAUUACCACAACAUGACAGUAUUAAUGGAAAAGAUAAACAUUCAGUUGGUUAAGCUUGUUUAUGGAUUUAUCUAGACACGACUAAAAAAAACAUGCUGAAA